CCAAUUUAAAUCAGUCGGAUACGCGCUUUCGUUGACGUGCAACUUCAGUUGACUGCGAUGGACCCCUCAUUGAAUCACAGCUCCAACUCCUCCCACAAGGAUCCCGAAAAGCAUCCCCGGAGGCACCGGAGAGGACACACCAAGUCUCGGGCAGGCUGUCAAAAUUGUAAGAGACGCAAAGUCAAGUGCGACGAAGUAAAGCCAGUAUGUGGGAAUUGCAUCCGCUUCAGCAUGGUCUGCGACUUCUCGCCCAGCUCGGAGCAGCAUAUACCAGCCAAGAGUCCCCCUCCGGAAGCACCGGCUACCAAACGAAAGCCUGGUAGACCGAGGAAGAAUUGGACUGAGGCUGCCCUUGAACCUCCCGAGAACAGUCCCUUCGACUCUAGUGUCGGUUCUAGCUCGGAAUCCUUCUCGACGCCAAGUCCUUUGGUGACUUCUGGUCCAGUGACGUCUCUACCUCCUCCAAUCACAUCGAUUAUGGACGAUCUUGAUUUGAUGCAUUGCUGGACCAUCCGCACGGCUGCGACCCUCGGAAGAGGGGAAGUUUGGCGAACUCAUAUCCCCCCCUUGAGUUUCCAUCAUCCAUAUCUUUGCCACACCAUGUUGGCAAUGGCUGCCCGGCACUCGUCUCUAUUAAAACCUUUAGAGUCUGAGCGGUACAUUGCCCUCGCCGAACACCACUACGAGCUCGCAGUAAGGGAAGCGACUGCACAGCUGGCACAUCUUACCUGGGAAAAUGCACAGCCCAUGUACAGCACCAUGGUUUUGGUCUCGUUAUAUUACUUUGCUCGGAAACCAAGUCCUGGAGAUCUUCUCGUAUUUUCGGAAAAUCGGGUCGUAUCUUGGAUGCCCUUGCUUCAAGGUGUACGGUUUAUCGUCCAGACGCUCGGCCACGCUGCCAUUUUCCGCGGGGUAUUCGCCAUAGAACCCGAAGACCCCAGUGAAGGUACCGGCAAUGAGUCAGUAUUGCCUGCUUCAGCCUACCAGACGUGGCAGCAGCCAUUAAUGGAAUUGAUUCAGAUGAUGGCGCAGUCUACUGAGUCAUAUUCUGCCUGCUGUGUUCGUGCAACUUCAGAUUUGAUUGAUUGCUACAAAGCAACAUACGGGUCCCUCCAUGACCCGAUCAGCUACAGUGAUGGCAGGUUCGAACAUAUCAUGGGCUGGCUUUAUCGAUUGGAGGAGGAAUUCAUCACACAACUAGAAGCAAAAGAACCACUCCCACUGAUUUUACUUGCCUACUUUGCUGUCUUGUUGAAAUCAUUGGCAUCGUUCUGGUUCAUGGAAGGCUGGGCUCAACAUUUGCUUGGCGAGGUCAAUGGUAUUCUGGAUUCUCAAUACAGCAGGUGGCUGGUCUGGCCUGCAUCCCGAAUUCUAGAUCUUAAUGUAGAUCCCGGAAUGUCUAUGGACCCAUCAUAACUAGGCGACUCUCGAGGAAAAUCACGUUGGAGGGCUGAGAGAGUGGAGUCAACAACGAGGCAGGUCCCCUGAUGGGAGUUCAAACACUGAUAUUUUCUGUACAUAGCUGUUGUAAUCAUACUCAUUGACUGUUGC